UGGUUGUGAUGAUUAUAGCUUUUCAAUGGAAUUUACUCCCUAAACGUUUUUCUAGCUCUAAGAAGCAAAACUUGUUUGUGAUGACAUGAACUCUCUGUCGACCCAGAUAUUAACUUGUCCUCUAUCACUCUUGUGCAUAGCGCGAGCUCAUUAUGGUAAUGCAAAUUACAUGUAUAAAUUUCCGACAGCUGUAGUGCAUUUCGUAGACAGGAGAAUAAAAAACAAUGAUUGAAUAUGAGGUGGCAACAGAUACUGGAGUCUAAAACAGUCACGUGUCACCAAUCUAGGAUACAUCCUCCGAAAACGAAGAUGGCUUUCGCUUUUCAAAGGCACUGCUGGGCACAUCCUGUUCUACGUCACCUUGUUAAAUUACGGGAGUCCGCAAAACCUCGAGGAGUUCCAGAAGACAUUCAGACACAAAUACAGACUUGUAUAGACUGUAUCCUGGCACGGGACGAUUACUGUGAUGAAAUAUCUAGUCCCGUCAGUGAGGACAUCGACAACCUCAUCAAAGAAUCCGAGAGCCAUCCGUGGAAGGAAGCACAUAACGAGGGCAAGGUUGAGUUGGCAGUAUCGGCUGCGAUGCUUUCUGGAUCUCUGGAAGGUACAUUUUUGAAGACACUCGUCGGCAUGUCCAACUCCAAACGAGUACUGGAAGUCGGCCUCUUUACCGGAUGUGGCGCACUGGCCAUGGCGGAGGCACUUCCGGCUGAUGGGAAAGUUGUCACAUGUGAGUUAUCGGAGUAUGUCGGAGACGUUGCGAGGAAAUUGGUUGACCAAUCGCCACACGGAAAGAAAAUCGAGAUAUUAAUUGGUCCCGCUAAAGGCAGCCUUGAACAGCUGGCAGUGGAAAGACAGCAGUUCGACAUGGUCUUCAUCGACGCCAACAAAGAAGGUUAUAUAGACUAUUACAAGAUAAUUAUGGACAAUGAUAUGUUGACACCCCGAGGGACUAUACUGAUAGAUAACGCCCUACACGGGGGCCAGGCCUACUUACCCAAGGACAAGCUACAGCUUGAUGAAAGUCGGAUUGCUCAAAGUCACGUGAUGCGGGAGUUCAACGACUACGUCUACAACGAUAACAGGGUUUCCCAGGUGAUGGUGCCUAUCCGUGACGGAGUUAUGAUGAUCAGGAGAAAAGAGGCGUUCGAGGGAGAGGCCUAGGUUUGGUACGACGCACAGAUACGUGGAACGUGUUAAUGAACAUACAAAAAGACGCAUACAAAAUGUAUAUGUUUUACAUGUCCAAAAACAUCGAAAUUCGUAGACAUCACAAAAGUGUCAGUUUCCAUCAUCGUAUCGUUGAUGCUGUGUAAAUGAGAAAAUGAUGACAUCACAAUAACAAAGUAUGACAAGGUUACCAUGGCGACACUCUCGAACAAAGUAUGACAAGGUUACCAUGGCGACAGAAAUUUGAAAGAUAGAAAUUAUUAGAUAACAACAUGUGGUACGGCUAAACUUAAUAGAAUAAUAGUAAAAAUAGGUACAGCACAAGUAAUGCCAACACAUCAUAUGUAUUUCAUGUGCACAGUUACAAUUCACGAACAUUCUGAACUAUAAUAUAACGACAUUGCGCAACACUGUUAUGUACUCAUAGUUGGCGUCCCUCUCUUGGACGACUUGGGGGGUUUUUUCACAUGAAAGCUGAUUUUAUUGAAAAGAAUAUCAGAAAGGAUAACGAAGACAAAAUCCUUCUAUAUAGAUACAUAUUGAUAUUGUGAUGUAAGGAACGAAAACCUAUUGACAAUGCCGAGGACCUUACUUUGAUACGUACAAUUGUAACAGGGCCGCUGUACCGCUAAGGUAUAUAAUAAACAAAAUUAUUUGAAUACAUUUUCCAAUACUAAAUUCCCAUUAAUGGAUAGUAGCAUCCGACCUUCUCCAUCCUACGAGCAUAACAUGUCAUAGAAACAUGUACACUUACACAAGACAACGGUGAUGAGUAUUAAAUCAGUGGAUAUUUGUAUAUCUUAUUACAUCUACAAAAUCAUGUUCUUAAACUUGGGGGGAAAUGGGCAGGAAGACUAUUAUCAUAAUCAUGAAUAUUCGCUAACGUUGACCAAGUUUUAAUGAAACCUAUGUAAGUUCCAAUACGUUAUGGGCCUUUAUGUAGAAACAUGUGUAUAGUGGCUAGACUACCUCUGGAACCGAAAUUUGUACAAAAACAGACAUGCAUGCUCAUUUAUAUAAACAUAUGUAGUCCUUAACAUUCCAAUGUAGUUUUAUUAAAAUUAGUUCACACAGACAUACAGACUGACGGACGGAACCUUAGGCGGUAUAUCAAGUUGAUACCAGUAUACUUUCUACUUCGUUGCGAGGAUUGAAAAUCUGAUAACACUGAAUUUAGUCUUUAAUGAAGUUUCUCUCGCUCUAAGGAGUAAACUGUUUGUUUGGGGUUACGUGAACCUUCUGUGGACCCAGAUGUUAACUUGUCCUUUGUCACCAUUGCUUGAAAUGAAUAAAUACAGAUACGUAAUGUCUCUGUCAACCCAGAUGUUAA